GGACCCGUCCAAGAGGCCCACGGCCACGGCCCUGCUCGAAGAGCACUGGUUCAAGACGGAGCUGGACGGGGACAACCACUGCGAGCUGAUACCUGAGAGCGAGAUGCCCCCGGACGAGGAGGCCCCCGCGAUCGUGGAGCCGCUCAAGAACGCCCCCCCGAGAAAGCCGCACGAGGAGCCGAGGCUGUCGCAGAUCGUCGAGGAGCCAGCCUCGGCCGCCGCCUCAGCGCAGGAGCCAGCGUCGCGUCGGCCCUCGAACAGUCAAGAUGGCGACCAGUUCGCCACCAGGGCCGCCGCCGAGGACGCCGCCGCCGAGCCGCCGCCGCCCGAGGAGGGCAGGCCGCCCCCUGGAGGGCAGCAAGCGCUGGAGCCCGCCACGGCCGCCGCCAGCGCGGAGCUGAGACCAGCGCCCGCC